AUGGCUCUCAGUUUCAAUGAUGGAAACUCACUGUUCGAAUUUGUUGUACAAGACGGUAAUGGUGUCAAAGGCCUGGUGGACUCAGGCCUAGCCAAGGUCCCUGAUCGAUACAUCCAACCACCACAAGAGCGAAUUGAAAAGCUAAACGCAAGCUCACAUGAACAGCCACCCAUUGACUUAUCACUGCUGGAUGGGCCUAAUCAUGACCAAGUCGUGGUGGCCAUUGUUAAAGCUGCCCAGAUUUUAGGGUUCUUCCAAGUGGUGAACCACGGCGUGCCCGUGGAACUGCUAGAGUCAGUUAAAGAUGCAGCACACCGGUUCUUUGCCCAGCGACCGGAGAAGAAGGCAAUUUAUCUCAAAGGAGUGAGCCCGAGCCCAUUUGUUAAGUAUGGGACAAGUUUUGUGCCUGAGAAAGAGAAGGCCCUGGAAUGGAAGGACUAUCUGAGCAUGGUGUACACCAAUGAUGUGGACGCCCUUGAAUAUUGGCCUAAUCAAUGCAAGAACGAGGCGCUCGAGUAUCUAAAGACAUCAACGAAGAUGGUGAGAAGAUUAUUGGAAAUCUUAGUUGGGAACCUUGGAGUGAAAUUGGAAGACUCGAGAGUUGAGUCACUUAUUGGUCAAAAGAUGGUUAACAUGAAUUUUUACCCACCAUGCCCAAAUCCUGAGCUAACUGUUGGCGUGGGGCGCCACUCAGAUAUGGGCACCCUAACCGUGUUGCUACAAGAUGGGAUUGGUGGUUUAUAUGUCAAAGUUGAAGAAAGCUCGGAUGUAGGAGAAAAGGAAGGAUGGGUGGAGAUCCCUCCCAUCCCUGGAGCUUUGGUCAUUAAUGUUGGUGACACGUUACAGAUUCUCAGCAAUGGAAGGUACAGAAGUGCUGAACACAGAGUGCGUACCACAAGCAUGCAAUCAAGAGUGUCGAUACCAAUAUUCACAAUCCCACAACGGACGGAAAAGAUCGGGCCACUGCCUGAGGUGGUGGAGCGCGAUGGGGUGGCUCAUUAUCGGGAGUUCAUGUUUGAAGACUACAUGAACAACUUCUUUGGACAAGCUCACGAUGGAAAGAAGUCCCUUGAUUUUGCUUAUAUUGGUUCAGCUUGA